AUGCUGAGUCGGAGCGUGACCUCAUUGUACUGUCGGUGUUGCAGCGAACGCUUCCGUUCUUUCAGCAGCCUAUCGUCCACAAGAUCUUCGACCAGUCCUCACCCGGGCGCCCGCGUGAGCCCAACACAUCGGAUUACGAGAUCCACCUCGCGGGUCGACGCCUCAACGACUCGCAAGCCGCGGCAGUCGACCGGAUAAUCUCUGAUGACCCGGACGACCAGAUUUGUUUAGUGCUUGGCCGCCAGGCACGGGUAAGACGACAGUGAUCGCUGCGUCAGUCGUCGACAUGGCGGAGCAUCCUACGAAGAAACACAACAUCUGGCUGCUCGCCCAGUCGAAUGUCGCCGUCAAAAACAUUGCUGAAAAGCUCGCAGACAUUCUGGUGUCUCGAGACUUCCAUUUCGAUUGGCACGAACACCUGUAUACGAAGAUCGAGAGGAACGUCAUACGCUCGGAUGCCUUCGGCGAUCAUGUCGUCGGUUCUGAGAGGCUGCUCCUUGGAUCGACAGUUAUCUUGUGCACUCUUAGUAUGCUCUCAAGUCAGCGCUUGGCCACGUCGGGCUACACCCGCCUGGUUCCUGUCGAAACAGUGAUCGUGGAUGAGGCCAGCCAGAUCGAGCUCGGCGACUACUUGCCAUUGCUAGGCCGCUUCGAUCGCAGCAUCAAGAAGCUCGUCUUCAUUGGAGACGACAAACAACUUGCACCAUAUGGACAAGACGAUCUAGGUGACAUGCCCAGCAUCUUCGAGUUGCAACAUCUACGACAAGAUGCCUUGUUUCUCGACGUACAAUACCGAAUGCCAAAGCCGAUCGGUACAUUCAUAUCGAAGCACGUGUAUGGCAGUCGCCUGAAGACAAGCCACUCCAUAAACUCUCGACGGUCGUGCCUUCUCGUAGACGUUAGUCACGGGAGGGAAGCGAGGUCUGGUAAGAGCUGGGUCGUAAGUCUAAUAGAAGUGAUCCGACGACGUAUGCUGACGGAGCUGGCGUUACAGAACAACGCUGAAGCAGAUGCCAUCGUGGUGAUAGCGAGGAAAUUCCAUGCACAGGGGAAGACAUACCGCGUUAUCACGCCUUACGAUGCACAGCGCAACGCCUUGGAGCGGAAGCUGAAAGAUGCGAAGCUCCCUUGGGAGAAUAAGUGUUUCAAUGUCGACUCGUUCCAGGGUAAUGAGGAGGACUACGUUCUUAUCUCCGUCGUGCGGUCGAACAAUGUUGGGUUCCUCAACAACUUGCGGAGAACGAAUGUCAUGCUCUCACGCUGCAAGCGCGCCAUGGUCGUCUGCACGAGCCGGGCAUUCAUGGAGGGGAAGGCCAGGUCCUCGCUUCUGGGCAAACUCGCGAAGGAAUGGCCGGACGGAUGGGUUUCGUGGCGGGACAUGUUGCAGGGCGGUUCUCACGGGGUGCACCCUUUGACCUCGUUGCCUUAGUCGCUCGUUAUCUUGCUUCAUGUCAUUUAAAGAUACCAUCUAUGAAUGUUUACGUCAG